AUGAACAAAUAUACCGUUGUCAAGGUUAUUGGAGUUGGAAGCGAAGCCAAGGCCAUCCUUGUAAAAAAGAAUGACAACGAUCAACUCUUUGUCAUCAAGCAGCGAACAUUCUCAACUCUGGAAGAUGCCAACGAAGGUCUAAACGAGGCCAUGUCAUUGGCCAAGUUUCAACACGCUAGUAUAGUUAGGUUCGAGGAGGUAUUCAUAGAGAAGAAUGGAGCAACUCAUAAUCUGUGUAUUGUGAUGGAGUAUUGUGAUGGCGGUGAUCUGAUGGAGUUUAUGAUCAAUUUAAUAUUGGCUGGAAUGGUGGAUACUACAACUCAUAAUUCAAACUCACCUGGUGGUGGAGGCCCAGCAUCAAUACGAUGUAGGGAUCGCGAUACUCCUCCACCAUGUGCAUCACCGCCAUACUCAUAUGCCACCGAUGAGUUUGAGACCACCUACGACUCAACAUCCUACGACUCAUCAUCAUCAUCCUCAUCAUUGACAUCCAGCAGUUCAUACUUGCCCUCGCCACCAAUGUCCACCGCAUCAACAUCCCAAGCCAAGACUACCAAUGGUCAAUCAAUCACAAUACCAAGAUUGGAUCAGGUUAGCAUGAUGUCACCAGUACUUCUUUCAUCUCCAACUCCUUCGACACCAGAUACUCCAGAUGAAUAUGCGAUCAGACAUGCAUCACGUGAACAACAGAUACAGAGGAUACAGCAACAAUAUAAUUGUGCACCAUUACAUCUAAAUAUCAUUACAUCGCCUCAACAAUCACCGGCUGUGGCACCUCAGAUGUCAAACAAUGGAGCACAGAGGACACCAUCACCAAAGAAGACUGUCUCCAAACCAACAUGGUUCCGGAAGUCCAAAGGAGUGAAGCCGCCUCCCAAAGAAUUCUCAAUCUCAUCAGACGAAGUGCCCGUCUCACCGACAUCACCAUCAAGUAUCACACGAAGUAGUGGAGAGAAGAUGGCCAGGAUACUGAUCCCAUCAAAGAUACUUUAUGGAUGGAUUUAUCAGCUGUGCCAGGCAGUUCAAUCGAUACAUAAUUCACAUGUGAUUCAUCGCGAUCUGAAAUCGGAGAACAUAUUCUUAUCAGAUUAUAAGGUCAAGAUUGGUGACUUUGGAUUGGCAACAAGAUUCGAGAAUCCAGUCAAAGGAAUAGCAGGAACAUAUUACUAUUCAUCACCAGAGAUAUUGAACAACAAUUCAUAUUGUAGACCAGCAGAUAUUUUCUCACUUGGUUGUAUUAUAUAUGAGAUGACCACUCUCCACUUGUUACCUUUAACCAAAAGAUGCAUUGCCGAGGAGUUGCUGGCCGGAACAUUCGACCCAUCAAGGUUUAGAAGGGAGUUCCCACAUGAACACUUACAGUUGGCCGAGAUGGUCUUGAAGAUGUUGGAUCCGAAUCCUGACUCAAGACCAUCAAUAGACUUGGUGUUACAGAAUAAGAUAUUUGAUGGAUUCAAGACAAAGUCGACAUUGAUCACAACAAAGCCAAACCCAUCACCAGAGAUAGCAGCUUCAUUAUCAACAUUUUCAAUCACUUUUCAUGGUGGAGUGAGGAAGCAGUUGGAUAGGAGUGAACUGGGGCGUGCUGCCGCUGUGCUAGCAGAGGCAUAUAGGAUGGAUCCGCGAUUCGCAUGGAUAAACGGACUUGGAACAAACAGUAUGAUGAAUGACACUAGCAGCAUUACAAGCAAACAAUCAGAUUGUUCACCAGACUUUGAGGGUAUUGGAAACAUGAACGAUGUGUCCAAAGACAACCUGGACAUUUACGACGAUGGAUUGAACAUCCGGAAUAUAUUCUUCACAGCAGCUCUACACAUAAUGUUCAAAGAAGGUUACAUUAUUUGGGGAUACUACAACUCACAGAAUGUAUUAAGUGGAGUAGCAUGUUGGAUACCUCCAAAUGCCAGCAAGAGAGUGCCAGUGUUCAUGGGCAAAUUGUUUAAACUAUUACCAAAGCUUGGUAUUAGGAAUGCUUAUAGGAUUAGGAAGUUGAUGUCGAUUGUGAACUGUGUAUUGAUGAAGGCACAUGCAGUAUCAGAACAGCCACAUCAAUAUCAUUUGGCAUACUGUGGCGUUACAAAGGACAGUCGAUCCAAAGGAAUUGGAAGAUAUCUCUUGUCACCAGUGUUGGAGUGGAGUGACUUUGCCAACGUUGGCUGCAAGACACUGGUGAUGAAACAGCGCUCGAUACCAUUCUUUAUGAAGAUGGGCUUUGAGAUGUCCUACGAGAUCAAGGGCAGUCUGUUGCCCAAGGGCAUGGAGGUCGUGUGGGUGAUGGAGCGACGACCCAAACCACGUGCCGGCAACGGUGUCUGUGAGCCCGGUUCAGCAGCACAUCUCCAACAACAAUCAAAUGAUGAUGAGUUCAAGUCCUUAAAGCAUGUGUUUAUGACGAUGUAG